GUGACCUUUCACUUGUCACGUGGUUUAAAGACUUGUCAGGAUGGCGCGGAAUCUGUCACACCGCUCACAGGUGUAGCGCUCAGUUUUAUACCACUUUUAUUUAUGUUUUCCUCGGGCGAUACUAACAUUUUCAGUUAUGAGUGUGUUGCAGGUGAAGUUUGUUGGGGACGGAGAUGUGGUGGAGCACAUCGUGGACAAACAGGACGGUGUCCCAGGCAGCAGGGGCGCCGUCCAGAAGAUGGUGAAAUUUAAGAGCUCAGCCGGCCGACGAGUCAGAGAGGAUGACGAAGAUGACCUUGACGAAGAUGAACUUCUUGAUGAGCAAAAUUAUGUCCAAGCACUGGGAACAGACAACACACUCGACGGCGAGGAGAGUGUGUCUGCGGUGGCAGGAGCCUCCGUUUUUACCUUCCAGAAAAUCAAACGCGCCCACAGCAUGGCCCAGACAGCGAGUGAGCUGGCACGGACUCCCGGGAAAAACGUGACCUUUAGCGUGACCCCUGAGCUCGAGCCCUCCACUCCCACCCGGACAGGCCGCGGCCAUGGAAGUGAAAGCAGGACACCACAGAGGGGCAAGAAAGUGCAGUUUGUCUCCACAACGCCACACAGGCUCAGGAAGAGAAUGACAACCCCCAGCCUCCGGUCAGACAGCGACAGUGAGCUGUCACCCUCAGACUCUGAGGAAGAAGAGGAGGAAAAUGAGGAGGAGGGGCAGACAGUCAAGAAGGAGGACAAGGAAAACACAAAACACCUCAGAACUCCCAGUAAAAGCCAGUCCUCAGCGCUCUACAAAACUCCUGCCAAGAAGAGCAAGAACGCCCCAGAACCCCUCAACCAGCCGAGUCUGGUCGAGGAGUAUUUUGAGGCCCAUGGCAGUUCAAAGGUCUUGACGUCAGACCGCACCCUGGAGCGUUUACACACUCCUAAACUCGACAGGGAGACGUUGUUCCGGCUUUUAGAGGGAAAGUCAUCCGGCUACUCAUCGGAGAUCCAGCAGCUCCACAGCAAACACCAGAGACACUUCAGCAAAUGGAUGCUGCAGUUACAGUUGGGCUUCAGCGUGCUCGUCUACGGCUUGGGCAGCAAAAAGGCUCUGCUGGAGGACUUCCGAGUGUCUCACUUGUCUCAAGAAAUCCACCUGGUGGUCAAUGGAUUCUUCCCUUCCAUCACCCUCAAAUCCAUCUUGAAUGCUCUGACGUCCGAGGUUCUAGAUCACCAGGGAACUUUCCGGACGCCGUCAGACCAAAUCCAGUACAUCACCCAAACCCUCAAAGACAACCCUGAUCUGCACGUUUACCUGUUAAUCCAUAACAUUGACGGGCCGAUGCUCAGAGGAGAGAAGACCCAGAGUGCACUGGGGCAGCUGGCAUCCCUUCCCAACCUGCACUUGGUGGCUUCCAUUGACCACAUCAAUGCUCCGCUGGUGUGGGACCAGUGUAAGCAGAGCCAGUUUAACUGGCUGUGGUGGGAGUGUGUGACCUUCCAGCGCUACGCAGAGGAGACGUCGUACGAAAACUCCCUCCUGGUGCAGCAGACGGGGGCUCUCGCUCUGUCUUCCCUCACACACGUUCUGCGCAGCUUGACGACCAACGCAAGAGGGAUUUUCAAACUGCUGGUUCAGUUUCAGCUCGAAAACAAGGACAACCCUUCAUACACAGGGUUGUCGUUCCAAGACUUCUACCAGCGCUGUCGAGAGGCGUUCUUGGUGAACUCUGACCUCACGCUGAGGACGCAGCUCACAGAGUUCAGGGACCACAAACUGAUCCGCACACGCAAGGGUGCAGACGGAGUAGAGUACCUGAUGGUUCCCGUGGAAACGAGCACAUUGAUGGAUUUCCUGGAGAAGGAGGAGGGCGACUGAGAGCAGAGGACAUUAGACCGCCCAGAAACUUCCAACAGAGUUUUCAGUCCUGGUCCUCACGACACAGAGCUGCUGGUUUUCAUUCUUGCUGUGUAAUCAGGGACUGAUUCACACCUGAGAGCCCAGGUGACUUCCAGUUAACUUCCUGUCAGGACAGAAAACCAGCAGCGCUCCGGGACCAGGAUGGAGAACCACUGUUCAUGCCGACUUACAGCCUUCAGGCAUAAUGUAGCGAGGUGACUUUGCCCAUCAGAUUGAUAAUCUGGUUGGAUUUGUCACUUACACAAAAGAUCAUGCACACCAAGCUUUUGUACACACAUGAACAUGAACAUACAUUUUGAAACAUAUCACUGGUAAAGUGGCUCUAUGGCACCCACAUGGCACAAUGUGACAUUUACACCUCGUAUGACCAUGUCUGUGAACAAAAUUCACAUUAAAAACUUUAUGUAUUGCA